AUGACUAAAUUUCGUGAAAGAUCGCUAGAAUUUCCGCGCCAUAUUGAAGUUUUGACUGUAGAUAGUGCACAAGGAAAGGAACACGAUAUUGUUCUUAUUUCGUGCGUCAGAAGCGGUGGAACAAUCGGAUUUUUGGACGAUCAACAUCGUCUCAAUGUCAUGCUGACAAGAGCAAGACGUGCUCUGUAUAUGUUUGGUAAUUUAAGCUGGUUAGCACAACAAAAUUCUGACUGGAACGAAUUAGUCGACGAUGCUGGAACUCGAAAGGUCAUCGAUACUGUGGAUAGUGCCGAUGGCGAGGUAAAUUUACCUUUUUGAUAUUGUGACACCCGUCUAAUCUUAACUGUUAUUACACAUAUGAAACACUUUUCUUUUUCUAAAUUGAAUAUCGAAUAAAAAAAAAUUUUCCAAAACAGAAAUAAUAAUGCUUCUAAACCAGGAACAGGGAAACGUUUUCAUAUGAAAUGAGACUCAGCGGAAGGUGAUCCUUCCACAAGAAAAUUUUAAGUUCCGCUUACAGCAACCUAAAGAAUUCAAUUUGGGUUCGGUAUCAAACAUCCAUCGGAUUAAAAAGGUGCAAUGUUGCGAUGCAGUUUUAGAAUAAUUUUGCAACAGAUCAUCACUUCAAAGUCGAAAUGGGCGUGGGUGUGGGUGUGGGUGUGGGUGUGUGGGUGUUGGUGUAGGUGUUGAUGUGAGUGUGGGUUUGAGUGUGGGUGUGGGUGUUGUGUGG